AACGAUUAUAUCCGAUAUAUGCUGACGAUAUCGAUAUUCGAUAUUUCCUUCACCCCUUAUAGCUGAAAAAAGGUGUUGUUUACGAUUGUGGAAAAAAGCUGAAAAACCCAUAAAAUUCGUGGAAAUGUCGAAGAAGAUGUCACGCUAUCCGAGCGACUGCAAGGUCUACGUGGGUGAUUUGGGCAAUAAUGCCAGCAAGCAGGAGUUGGAGGAUGCUUUCAGCUACUACGGGCACUUGAGGAACGUCUGGGUGGCACGGAACCCUCCGGGAUUUGCAUUUGUGGAAUUCGAAGAUCCCCGGGAUGCCGAGGAUGCGGUUCGUGGGCUCGAUGGGAGAACCGUGUGUGGCCGAAGGGCACGCGUUGAAUUGUCUAAUGGAAAAUCCGGACGUGGUUACCGUGGACCCUCGUCCAGAAGUCGUGGCCGCGUAUUCCAUCCGGAUGAUAGAUGCUACGAAUGCGGCGAUCGUGGGCACUAUGCCAGGGAUUGCUCACGCUACGGUAGACGCGGCGGAGGAAGACGCAGGUUGAAGUGGCUGCAGAAAGAUUUUCCUUUGAAAUCCUUCACACGAAUCACUUGAACUUCACAUUGAGAGUCACUUCUGUGUUGUGUCUGCGACCUUUGGGGGUGGCGUGAAAUGCGUCCUCCUCCUCCUCAGAAAAAUGGGAUUCAUUAAGUAGAAAGUCAGCGCAGUUGCAUCACUGUCACAAGUCAGAAAAAAAAUGAAAAGAAAAGAAAAGUAGAAUAAAUGGGGGGCUGUAGGAUGAACUGUGUAGGAAUAACCGCUGUAUGUGUGAUCUUCGUCCAGAUUAUGCACAAGAUCCUCAUGCACACACGCCGUGACGACGCACGCACAUUGAUUACCCCCCCGGCUAGAGAGCUAGAGUUUGAGUCGUCGGUGAGAUCCCCUUCAGAGAGUGCCACACAAUAUGCAAGCACACAGUGUCUGUCCUCUUCGCAUUAGCCAAAAGGUCUACAAGUGCCGAUAAAAUGAACCCAACUUCAAUUGUUGCGCUACCCUCCACGACUCACCGUGGACUUCACGUAAUGCGUUGCUCUCCACACCCAACCUUCGUGAGAUAGUCUCCACACUCACCACAAAACGUCUCGUGCACGUCUCGUGGCUCCACGAGGAUCACGAGACAUGUGAGCCAACGAUGGUGAGAAACAAAAAAAAAUGUGUCGAGCCUGUUGAGCCCCACAAACUUCUCCUUCAGGUUUUCGGCCAUCGGCAUCUUCUCACUCUACCUACCUCAAGUCUCCUUCCAAAAGAAAACAAAAAUAUCAAAGAAAAAACAUACAAAACUUGCUUUCAAGAAACAAACGUUUAAGAAAAUCACAAGAUUUGCUCAACUGUUUCUUUUCUUUGUGAGUGAGUUUAUUUAUAAAUACCAAAAAAAAAGUCUUUUUAUUUAGAAAAAAAAAAAAGAAUUUAACAAUUUCUCUUAAAUUUGAUUUAUUAAAAUCUUUUUUUUUUUGUAUGUUUCAACAUUGUAGAGAGAUAUUUAUUUGAAAUUUUGAAUUUCUUUACAUUGAUGACCUUUUUUUUCCAAGAGACUAUCUCUCUUUUAUUAUCACUAUUAUAUAACAAAAAAAAAAUACUGACAAUGCCGAUAUUCCACCUUUAUUGUGAAUAUCAUUCAAAAUUUGCACUUUUUUGCAGUUUUAUUAUUCCAACAUAUAAAUUAAUUAAUUCAUAGCAAAAAAAGAACUUUUCCUUAUUGAAUGGGAAUUUGUGAAAUUUUGCAUUAAAAAGCGUCAUUGGUUAUGAAAACUUUAUUAAAAAAAAAAAAUCUCGCGUUCAAUGUGAGAUUCGAACUCAUAAUCUUAUCAUUAAGAGUCUUAUGUUCUAUCGAUUGAUCUAACAGAUUAACAAUAAAAUUAAGAACUUUCAUUUAAAUAAUUUUUUUUAUCAAUUAAAAUAGAGAAGAAAAUGCAAAAUUUCAGAAAAUUUUUCAUUUUAAAAAAGUUUCUUAAAAAAUUUCUAGAAUUUAGCAUUUAUUUUGCAAUUAAUUCGAGAAUCCCAACUAAUCAUCCUUUUUUUGCUUUCUCUUGCGUUCCAACCAUUUGUGCU